GAAGACGCGGAGACAGAGACCUGGAGAUAGAGACCUGGAGAUAGUCCUGUGAUAGUCAUGUGAUGUAUGUAAGAUGUAUCACUUGACCUGAGGGACGCAGCAGACACUUACAGGUAUACCCGUCAACAAUCAGUCGAGCGUCCGGACAUCAUGACCUCCUGGCUAUUGGUCCUCGCUGUCCUCGCCCUGGGUGCACGCGCAGCUGUACCAGAGGACGAGAUCACAGAGUUGCCCGGAUUGAGUCGACUCCCCAGCUGGAAGCAGUACUCUGGCUUUCUGAAGGCCUCGGGAACCAGGAAGCUGCACUACUGGUUUGUUGAGUCUCAGAGUUCCACACCGAAGACGGACCCUGUUGUUCUGUGGCUGAAUGGAGGACCCGGAUGUAGCUCCCUACUGGGACUCCUCACAGAGAAUGGGCCGUUCAGGAUAGCCUCAGACGGGGUGACGGUGCAGUACAACCCUCAUAGCUGGAGUAAGGUGAGUAACAUGUUGUUUCUCGAGGCCCCUGCAGGUGUUGGGUUCUCCUACAGUGACGACAGAAACUACACCACGAAUGACGAUGAGGUAGCCCAAAACAACUUCCUAGCGUUAAAGGAUUUCUUCAUGAAGUACCCCGAAUACAAGACCAACGAUUUCUACAUCACCGGGGAGAGCUACGGAGGCAUCUACGUACCGACACUCAGCGCACUCGUCGUCGACGACCGCGACAUCAACUUUAAGGGGUUUGCAGUUGGCAAUGGCGUCACUGACGGCAGCAUGCUUGACAACUCUAUCAUCUACUUCGCCUACUACCAUGGCAUCACCGGUGAUAUCACGUGGAACAACCUGAUGACCUACUGCUGUCAGGGCCAGGAAGGUCGGUGCGACUUCAACGCCAAAAGCUCCAAUGACACCAACUGCAAGAAAGCGCUGUUCGAGUCGUACGAAGCACUGUACAGCAGCGGUCUGAACGUCUACAACCUGUACGGAGAGUGCGUGAACACGGCGACAGGACUGACAUACGACGCCAGCACAGAUACCUACAUCUCCUCCAACUUCGGCUGGUUCCUGCCAAACUCACCCCGAGUCCAAGAAGAAAUCAGAGUUAUCAAGACUCUCCCAGCUGAGAAGCUCCGGGUAACACCGCCCUGUCUCAAUGAAACAAACAUCCUUGUAUACCUGAAUCAGCCGGAGGUGCGCCGAGCUCUCCAUAUACCAGACUCUGUCCAACGUUGGGAUUCCUGCAGUGGACCAGUGUCACAGGGAUACGUCAGCACCUACAAUACGAUGAAGGAGAAGUACCUCAAGGUCCUUGACGCAAAGAAACGGGUGUUGGUGUACAACGGCGAUGUGGACAUGGCUUGUAACUUCCUGGGAGACGAAUGGUUUGUCGACUCCCUGAAACAGAAGAGCGUCCUGGCCCGCAAGCCUUGGUACUACACUGCCGCCGACAAGACGAAACAAGUCGGGGGAUUCGCCAGAGGGUUCGAGAAUCUCGUGUACGUCACAGUCAGGGGUUCCGGCCAUAUGGUUCCGUCAGAUAAACCUGAGCCAGCGCUUGUAAUGUUCACCAACUUCAUUAAAAACACUCCUUUCUAGAAGAAUAAACAUUCGGAAUUUAUCAAUUGUACAUUGACUUAAUACUCACAGAUCAAUAAUUCUUUGUAUGCGUUCUUCAGUGUCUUAGCGAGAUAUGAUUCAUAUGCAGUGACACAGAGGAAACGUAUUGCACACCGCUUCAGUAUUUAAAUAGCAAUUUGUAGAUUUUAAAGCUAAGUAUUGUAGUUUGUUCACAUUUUCAAGUUAAGAUUGCUGUGUAAAUAAACUAUUGCUUUACA